AUGGACAUGAUUGAAAACAAACUUCGGAACCAUGAAUACUCUUGCCUCACCCUCCUCGAAGCUGAUCUUCGUAGAAUGGUCAGCAAUGCGAAAUCCUACAACGAGAAAAGGUCCACAGUUUUCUCCCACGCUGAGCGUAUCCGCAAGAUAGUCUCCUCCGUUAUGAGCCAGAUAAACCCGGCGUACAAGGAUAAUAAAUAUGUUCCCUUUUCAACGCCGUUGCCGGAGGUAGAAGAAGGAGCGCAGGGAGGAGAAGAGGAAGAUGCGCCCAUGGAACGUCCUUCUGAACGGGUACGGUCGCAGACAGCUAAUAGCGAAGCUCCUUCUCGGCGAAGUGGCCAGCGCCGUUCACACCGUACACCAACAACAGAUCGCGACGUCGAACCAAACGAGACCAGCACCCGUGGUCCAGAAAGGGACAGUUUUGAGCAAGCACAGGAGAGAAUCAUAAGCGAGAUGAUCCGUAUGAAAGAUGAGGAUGGUGAAGAGGUGUUCUUCCCUUUUCUAAACAAACCUGACCGCACGUUAUACAAGGAAUAUUACGAUAUCAUCAAGCACCCAACCUCAUUGAGGACGAUUCUAAAACUUGUGCGAGGCACAGAUCGAAGGAAAAACGCCACCAAAGGUUCACCGUUCAAGACAUGGGAUGCUUUUGCGGAGGAAAACCAUUUUCGCCGGCGCCUUGCGGAGGUACGGAAGGUUGUGCCUGAGCCGACCUCGACUGGCGAAGGCGGUCCAACUCGCAUCAAGCUCAGAGUUGGAAGCACGAAGACCCCAGAACCAAACCCGCAAAAGCUGACCUUGAAGUUUCCUGGCAAAUCAGCAGAGUCCACUAGUGAGAAACAGCAUCCUGGCGUAACUGUCGAUAACGAAUCCCUUAAAAGGCAACAGGCGCUUGUCAGAGCGGGUUCGGGCGGCGUAGAAACGCCUGCUCCCCCACCGGCAUCGACUAGGAUUUUACGUGACCGAGCUCCAUCCGCUACAAAAAGUCAGAGUUCUACACAACCGCCUGCAUAUACUCCUCCGACCCCUAGACCCAAAGCUGAAAGCCAUACGAGCCAGUCCCCUAAAGGCGUGGCCGCGAGCAUUGCCCCGCACAGGCCAGAACCUAAACAACAACCAAACGGUCUUUCAUCAGCGACCACCGCGCCCAUUCACGCCCCGAACGGCCCCCCAUUGACGGCAAUGGGCCCGACUGCUACUCCAGUGAAUGCCCAGAAGCCUGUCACUCCCAUCCAUCCUGCAGUUGGGCCAGCAGCAGUCUGGCCACCGAGGAAGUAUGUGCCUAGGACCCGAUUGAUCACUCACGUAAACCUCCGCACUGAGAGCGGGCCGAAAUUCAAUCUGGAUAUUCCUGCCUCUUCCAUUAACCCCCGGCAGUCUGUGACUCUGAGUGUCCCCUUCUCUCACAACGUUUUGUACCUCCAGCCGACCGUUGUGUCCAGCAGUCUUGAGCGCCAAACCCAGCUCACAGUGACUGUUGGGAGCCAGAAAAUACCCUCGCUUGGCCCGCCGGUAAGGUCUGCAGAUUUCACGAUCCCUAGGUAUGAACUUCGGCUAGGGCCCGGAGUCACUAAGGUUGAUGUCGAGAUGUACGCAGCACCCGGUAGAGGAGUGGCGAACAUAGCCACGCCCAAUGGGCCCGGGGUCGAAUACGAAGCUUUUACACUCUAUAUUCAUGUUAUGCACAGAUGA